AGAAACAAAGGAAGGAAGAAACGGAAAGACAAGAUGAAAGACGAAUAGACUAAGAAAACAAUAGCAGAUUGCUUAAAAUCGUACUUUUUAUUUUUAAAAUAUAGAUACCUCUCUUCCUCUGCAUGAUUUUCAUUUUAUUUUAUGCAAGUUAUUUUUUAACAAAACGGAAACAUACGGAAAUCAUUCACAGUUAAGUCACAUCUUUGAAGCCUUUUUACUUGGCAGCUAACUUUGUUGUUCCGCUUCCCGAGAGAAUAACAGAUUUUUGUUGUUAUUUUUUGUAAUAUUUUGAUGAAAAGACAAACAAGAAGGGCAAAGCGAGGUGAUUGUUACAGAGGGAACACUCCCGGAGCACAUCUUGCGUUUUAGGGGAGAGCUGCGCGCGCUGAGUACCCUAAUGGUGCCCCGGCUCGAGACGUUCAACCGGCUGCUGCUGCUCGCGCUGGUAUGCGGGCUCUGCACGCGGGGGGCGACGCAGGACAUCAAAGCAGAGGCAUGGCUGCAGCAGUACGGCUACCUGCCGCCAGGUGACCUCCGCGCCCACUCCAUCCGCUCGCCACAGUCUGUCACCUCCGCCAUCGCCGCCAUGCAGCAGUUCUACGGCCUGACUGUCACUGGCAGCCUGGACCCCAGCACGCUGGCGGCGAUGAAGCGGCCGAGGUGUGGGGUCCCAGACAAGUUUGGGGCAGAGCUGAAGAGCAACCUGAGGAGAAAACGCUACGUCAUUCAGGGGCUGAAGUGGGAAAAGACAGAGAUCACCUUCAGCAUACAGAACUACACCCCUAAGGUGGGGGAGUAUGAGACAUUCCAGGCCAUCCGAAAGGCCUUCAAGGUGUGGGAAAGUGUGACCCCCCUGCGAUUCCGGGAGAUUCCCUACCACCGCAUCCGUGACAAGGUGGAGAACUUCGCCGACAUCAUGCUCUUCUUCGGCGAGGGUUUCCACGGUGACAGCACCCCUUUCGACGGGGAAGGGGGCUUCCUGGCCCACGCGUACUUCCCCGGCCACGGCAUAGGGGGCGACACUCACUUUGACGCCGCGGAGCCCUGGACCUCGGGCAACACAGACCAGGGCGGUAAUGACGUGUUCCUGGUGGCGGUGCAUGAGCUGGGCCACGCCCUGGGGCUGGAGCACUCCAGCGUGCCCACAGCCAUCAUGGCGCCGUUCUACCAGUGGAUGGACACCGAGAACUUCAUCCUGCCCGAGGACGACCGGCUCGGCAUCCAGCAGAUCUACGGAUCAAGGUCUGGUGGGCCGCCCCCUCCACCCCCUCCACCCCCCCGUCCCACUCGACCGCCCUACAAGCCUGACCAGCCCUCCUCUGGCCCUGAUGUCUGUGACGGUCACUUCGACACCAUCGCCAUCCUUAGAGGAGAGAUGUUUGUCUUCAAGGAAAAGUGGUUGUGGCGGGUGCGUGAUAACAGGGUGUUGGAAGGGUACCCCACGGCCAUGGGCCAGUUCUGGAGGGGGCUGCCUGCCUCCAUCAACGCUGCCUAUGAGCGGGCUGACGGCAAAUUCGUCUUUUUCAAGGGAGACAGACACUGGGUGUUCACCGAGUCGAACCUGGAGCCAGGGUACCCCAAGCCCCUGAAGGAGCUGGGCAGCGGGCUCCCCAAAGACCGACUGGACUCUGCCCUCUACUACACCCCCACCGGCAUGACCUACUUCUUCAGAGGAAACAAAUAUUACAGAUUCAAUGAGAAGACCCGCACCGUGGACCCAGAGUACCCCAAACCCAUCAGCGUGUGGCAGGGUGUGCCCGACAACCUCAAAGCUGCAUUCAUGAGCAAGGAUGGAGCAUACACAUACUUUUACAAGGCCAACAAGUACUGGAAGUUCAAUAACCAGCAGCUGAAGGUGGAGCCCGGCUUCCCCAAAUCUGUGCUGCGCGAUUGGAUGGGCUGCCAAGGGGAGGACCCCAAAAAGGGAGGGACGGACGAAGAGGUCAUCAUCAUUGAGGUGGAGGAGGAGGGCGGGGCGGGGGCGGCGGCCGUGGUGGUGCCCCUCCUGCUGUUGCUAUGUGUGAUCUGUGCCCUGGGGGCGGUGCUGUUCUUCCGCAGGUACGGCACCCCACGCCGCCUCCUGUACUGCCAGCGAUCCCUGCUCGACAAGGUGUAGAGAAAGGGAGAGGGAGAGAGGGAGGGAGAGGGAGAGAGAGAGAGAGGGAGAGAAGGGAUGGGAGGGGAGAGGGAGAGAGAGAGAGGGGCUGGGAGGGGAGAGGAUGGUUUGGAAGUGUGGAAAAGAGGGAGACGAAGAAGGAAGGGGGAUGGACCAGAGGAGAAAGAAAGGGAGAUUCAAAUGUGCAUUUGUAUCUUUUCAUAUCUAUGUGUACAGUCAUGUACCCUGAGACCAGAACGGUUCCACAUAGCAUGGAGAGGGAGAAAAACACACACAUCUACCUCUCUCGCACAUUCAUUUCAUUCCUUUACAAAAAUCUGUCAGACCUUGGACGAGCAGUUCAGCUGAACAAACUCCAAAUUUCACCCCCCUCUCUCUCCUCAUCCCAGUUGUCUCUCCUCCCAGCAGACGACACCAGCUGAAUUGCUGUUUAUUUAGUAUUUUUAAAUGUUUUUAGGGUUUUUUGUUCCUCAUAGUUUUUCAUUGUAAAACUCAGGCCUGAGUCGCAGAUUUCCUCCACCAUGUUAAACCCCAGCACCCUGCCUGGCUCCCGGCCCACGCAGAGUUUAGACAGACAGACAGUGCAGUUCUGUUCCAGAGCUGGAACAGGCUGGCCUUCUCCUGCCCGCGUUUCAGACCAUCCUCCACACUGCUGUACAUCUCAGCUCAGAUCAAAUCCACACAGCACAGCUUAGACCUACAGACAGGAACAGCACAGCACAAAUGCACAGUCUGGGUUCAUACUUAGGGACCGUUCAACAGGAUCCAGCAGCCCUUUACAGCAUAAUGCAAUAUAUUUUUAUUUUACUGGCUGUACUGAUCAAGCUCAAAAUGAUGGUAGCGAUGAUAGUGAUGUUAGCACCUAUUAUAUACCGUUGAGACCAGGUGGCCCUUAAGAGCUACAAUACAGCAGGGUUUCCAGCACCCUUCACAUCACCCGCACUCUCAGAACCGGAGAGGGAUCUGAAAUCAGCUCAACCACAACAGUGAGUGCUGAAUCAGGUGGUUAUUUGCUUUGCUGGAGUGAGGGUCUGCAGACUCCCUGGGCUCUCUGGGUGAGGGGGAGUGGCCCUGGUCUAGGCAAAUCUAUCACAGAAUCGCAGUCCAGACUAAUCCAGCACAGAGCCUUGCAGUCUACAUUAAUCUCACACAGUGUUGUAGGAUAGAUUAAAUCAUCACAUAGCACUGCAGUCUACACUAAUCUGGCGCACAGCAUUGCAGUCUAGAUUAAUCCAGCACAGAGUGCCGCAGGCUAGAUUAAUCCAACACAGAGUGCCGCAGGCUAGAUUAAUCCAACACAGAGUGCCGCAGGCUAGAUUGGCCCAGCACAGAGUGCCGCAGGCUAGAUUGGCCCAGCACAGAGUGUGGUAGGCUAGAUUGGCCCAGCACAGAGUGUGGUAGGCUAGAUUGGCCCAGCACAGAGUGUGGCCAGAUGAAAUCAGCACAGGGGAGCUCUUUCACUUUCAAGGCAGCAUUAGAAUCAUCUAGUCAGGCCGACGAGCCUUCAAACAUUAUCUGAAACGCAGAAAGCGAAAACUAACAGACAUAUCCAAAAAUCAGUGGUGUGGAAAUACUGAGACAGGGAGGUGUGUAUGGAGGGAGGGAGAGAGGUGGAGCAAGAAAAAGGGAGAGAGGGAGGGAUGAAGAGAAAGAGAGAGCAAAAGAGUAACACCCACACAUCACAUCCUCAGUGCUCCUCACCCGACCCACACCGCCACCCCCCCCCCAACACCCCCCAAUUCCCACACACACC